GUGCAUCCUUCCAUCUUUAUGUUCUAUGUUAUGAUCUUGUUAUAAGUUCUCUUUUACUACUAUUCUCAAAGUCCUCCCUCUAAACCUCCUCCCUCUAAACCUUCUUCAAAAACCUAACAAGGUAUCAAAGCCAGCCAUUUUCAGCUUCCCUUUGUGUUUGACGUUGGUUGUACUUUCAUCUGACAUUCUUUCCAUGAUUUAUGGUUACAUAUUUUCUACAAAAUUUAUUCUAACAUUUAAAUGAAAUAUUGUACUACAUAAAGUAACAUGAAAGGUAUAUUAAAACACUACCGCAUUGCAGCAAUCUCGCUGUCUUUUUCUAUCACAUUGCUGCAAUUUUGUUGACUAAUUGCAGCCUCUAUUUACGUUUCAUUUGCAUUUUAUUUUAGUUGUCUCCAUAAUAUUAGCUUUGUUUGCUGCACUUUUCUUUCCAUCAUGCAAGAUUUGUUGCUUCACAUUUUUCUCUAGACCUACAAAUGGAUCGGGUUAGAUAGAUUAAUAUUUUAAGUUCUCUUAAAAUAAGGGAUCGCAAGCAAGCUUAUGCAUGUUGACUUACUAUUGCUGCACUCUUCCAUGUUUAUGUUCUAUCAUGACCUUAAAAUAAGUUCUCUUUUCUUACUCUCCUCCAAGUCUUGCCUAUACCCUUUUCCCAAAAAACUCGACAUGGUAAUAUGGUAUCAUAACUUAAUGAUCUUGAGGGACUUGUAAGAGUGUAUAUUUUUUGAGGGAACACCUUUAAACUAGAAAACACCAUAAAUCCCAAAAGAUUCCAGACAUGUUCAUGCGUAACCCCUCUUGCUUGGCCAAAAUCUUUCAGCAAAAAGGGCUGUGAAGAUGAAGGCAUAUGUUAGUCCUAGCAUGGGAGAUGUCAAGCAAUGGAAAGCUGGAUUCAAAGAGGUGCUUAUGUAUGUUUAUAAAAUCAGUCCAAACGACAAGCUUGAUUGAUGGAAUGGGAAACUGAGGCCAAGAACUCGGUUUAUAAUAUGCUCUUCAUCCAUCUUUUAUGAUUGCAAUGCUACUUAUGUCCUACUUUUGCAAAGAAAACUCACCAUAUAUAUGGCUUUGAUGUUCUGAACUCCCACGGCUUUAUGGUGAAGGAGUUUGGUGAAGAAGCAGCCAAGACCAAGCACAAAAUCACAACUCCAGAAUUUAUUGAAGCAUCCAAGAGCAAAGCUGCUGCAAUUGAGUUGCUGAAAAUGUUUAAGGCUCCAGAAUUUGUGCAACAAGCAGAAAUUCAAGGAAGAUGGAUUUGAUUUUGCGGUAGGAGUUGAGAUAUGUGAGAAGAUGGUAUUUGGUAGCUAACAACAAAGCAAACCACAGCACGAAGGACUGAAAAUGGCAGAUUCAAUAUGCUAAGGCAAAAUUUUGUUCAUGCAGCUUUAAUUCCAAGGAGUUUGUUGGAGCUAUGGCAUGAAAGCUGCAAAUGGAAGUAGAGUGAAAUGCAUAUGCAACGAAAUGGGAGCUGCUAAAUGAUGCUGCAAAAUGACAGCACAGUAUCAGCGAAGUGACAAUAGCAUGGAGCUGCACACGGGCCGCAAUAAAUGGCAGCAACUUCUACAUUGUAGUGAAGUUGCAUUUAGUCAAUAUUUUAGGUAACCAAAACUCAUUGUGUAAGGUAAAAAAUAGGUGGAAAGUGAAGAAUCACCCCAAAAUUAUUAGGUUGCAGUAAAUUUAUGCUUGAGAA